AUGGGCACUACCUACAACAUCCGCCCCAAGAAGUUCGGGCCUGGCAGCCGCCAGUGCCGUGUGUGCUUCAACCGCCACGGCAUGGUCCGGAAGUACGGAAUCAACAUGUGCCGGCAGUGCUUCAGAGAGCGAGCGGCGCUCAUAGGUUUCCAGAAG